AUGGAUUUUAUGUCUCCAAAGCUCCAUGGAGGUCCUCACAAUGGGACUUCCGAUCCUAAGAAGCAGUCCAGUCUGUUAAACUUCCAAAAGCAUCCAGAGAUUCUCAAGCCAUAUGAUCCUGAGAGCAAUACUCUCGAUAGCUUUCGAAGUCUGCCUUCAGUUGAGAAUCAAAAUACCUACCCAGGAUCCCUACCCAGAGCCAACUCCCCAAUCGUAAGCCAAGCCAGAUCCUCCAGCAGUGUUCCAGAAGCAUCUUUACCAGAUGACAGGGGACAUGCCCAACCUCAGAACUCCUCUCUGGGCUCCACCACACCAACCAAGGAAGACCAGUUGGACCAGCUUUAUGCAGAGACCAUCAACCGCCAUGAGAACCGGCGCUACAUCCCGUUCCUGCCUGGCACAGGGCGUGACAUUGAUACGGGUUCAAUUCCAGGUGUGGAUGAGCUCAUCAAGAAGUUUGACAGCAAAGAGACUCAACAACGUAGGGGUCGGUCAGGGCGGAGGAAUCGACUUAACCCAGAAGACCGCAAGCGUUCCCGUAGUGUCGAUAGCGCCUUGCCAUUCGGUCUUGGGGGUGAAUCUGACUACUUGGAUGAAGUUAGUCGGAAUCGAGGCAGGUCUACAGAGCAUCUCCUUCGCCCAUCACUGCUCCUGCAGAAGGCCGCUGGAGUAAAGACCUCCCCCAUGUCGCCAACUUCCACUGUCGGACCCAGGAUAAACCUAAGAAGCACAACACAAGUUAAAAGUGCUCCAGGCUCUCCUCAGGGCACAGUCUACAACUCUUCAGCUGCUAUUUUAGGGUACAAGAAUCCCCAGAGUCGUCCCUCUGUAGCACCUGUAGAGAAUAAAAAUGAAGAGGCCAAACCAUCACAGGGUAUGAAGUGCCUGUCAAGUGUGAAAAUGGGAUCAAUUUCUCGUCCCGCUGUCAAUGAUAAAACAUCAAGCACUGAAAUGGAUACUCAGGUGACGCCUGAUCUUCUGAAAGGUCAAGAAGAGCUUUCACAACAAACAAAUGAAGAGACUGCCAAGCAGAUAUUAUUCAGUUACUUCAAAGAUGGGAGCAAUGAUAAUGAUGACACCACCAAGAGGAAGGUCAACCUGGUGUUCGAGAAAAUCCAGACCUUGAAGUCACGGGCCGCUGGGAACGUGCAAGGCGACAACAAAUCUCCAGACCUUCCAGCCCAGGCUAGAGCCCUUCAGGAGCAGAAAGCAGAACUGGAAAAAGAAAUCGCUGAUCUUAAGAAACAGCUUGAGGAUGAAAGCAAGAAGCGCAGUGAUCUGAGUGAGACUCAGCUGAAGGCGGGAGCAGGAAUGAAAGACUUGAGGAGAGAGCUGGACCAGAGUCAAGCCGAGUGCAGUAGACUGCGGGAGAAGCUUAGUAAAACAGAGGCUGACCUGCGCACUACAGUGGAGGAACUCUACCAGGUGAAAAUGGAGAAAGAGCAGUACCAGACUGAGAUUCGAGACCUUCAGGACCAGCUAUCAGAGAUGCACGAUGAGCUGGAUGGAGCCAAGCAAUCUCAAACAGACAGCACAGACAAAGAGGCCAUGAUGGAGGACUUCAUACAACUGAAGCUAGACCUCCAGGAGCUGCUUCUAGCCAAAGAGGAGCAGGAGGAGCUGUUGAGGAGGCGUGAGAGGGAGCUGACCGCUCUCAAAGGAGCCCUGAAAGAAGAGGUGGCAACUCAUGAUCAGGAGGUGGAUAAACUUAGGGAGCAGUAUGAAAAGGAGAUCCGUAAGCUGCAAACGGCUGUGGACGAAGCAAAACAGAACAAUGUUACAGCCAGUAAGGAAAAGGAGGAAGUGGAGGCGGCACGGAAGGCAUCCGAAGGCCAGGCAGGCCGUCUGUCUCAGGAGGUGGAGAGAAUGCGCAAGAGGGCACAGGAACUGGAGAAUGAGGUUGCCAAACUCAACCGCAUCAUUGAUGAAGCCAAGCUGCAGGAGAGCAGGCUAGGGGAGCGAGCUGUCCGUCUGGAGAAAGAGAAAAGGCAGUUGGAGGAGUCUCUUGCUGAGGUCAGGGAACAGGAAGAGGAAAUGACCCGUGCAAACCGGGCUCUUGGCAAUCGCCUAGAGGAUGUGCAGAGAAACUUGACCAAAAUGACCCAAGAGCACCAUGAACUGCAGGAGCGACUAAAGGAUGAGAGGAGUCAGAAAGAACAGUUUAAAAACACCAAGAAUGAGAUUGAAGAUGAGAGGAGGCUGCUGGACCGGACUGUGGAGAAACUGCAACGGGAGAUGUAUGAGAUAGUGGAGGCGUCUCAGAGCUCAACUCAGGAGCUGCAAGAGCAGAUAGAUAUGUACAAGGAGAAGAACCGGAGGGAAAUGGCAGAGCUGCAGAAACAGCUGAGAGAGGGAGGUCUGGAGCUGGAGAAGUCACAUCUUACCGCCAAGACCCUUCAGGAGGAGCUGGCUCGUGUGCAUGAGGAUCUGCGGCAGUGUCGGAAAGACAGAGAUGAAGCGCUGCAGAGAGUGAAGGACCUGGAGCAGAAGGUUUUUGAUCUAGAGGUCGAGACCGAGACCAAAGCCCAUUCAAACGACAAAACCAGACAAGUCAAACUCUUGGAGGACCGUCUGGCUGCGCUGCAGAUGGAGCUGGAGGAGGAGAGACAGAAUGGAGACUUGCUGUUGGAGAGAAUAGACAGAGGAAGAGAACAAUUGGAGCAGAUGAGGAAUGAGCUGAUGCAGGAAAGAGCCAGCAGACAGGAUGUGGAGUGUGACAAGAUCUCCCUGGAGAGACAGAAUAAGGAUCUGAAGAGCAGGAUUACAUAUCUGGAGGGAUCUCACAAGCCUAGUAAAGAGGGAUUGGUAGCCCAGCUGGAGAACCGCAUCCAGGAACUAGAGGAAAGACUGGAAGCAGAGGAGAGGGAACGAGGUAACCUGCAGCUGGCGAAUCGUCGACUAGAGCGCAAAGUGAAGGAAACGAUGAUGCAAGUGGAUGAAGAGCAUCAUUCACUGCAGGAUCAGAAAGAUCAGCUGAACCUGCGUCUGAAGGCUCUGAAGAGGCAGAUGGAUGAGGCGGAGGAGGAGAUCGACCGACUGGAACACAACAAGAAGAAACUGCAGAGAGACCUGGAGGAGCAGCAGGAGGCCAAUGAACAACUCCAGAGUCAGCUCAAAGCACUGCGCAGUGAGAUGAGGCGCAAGAACAACUCAGCACCAGUCCUGAAUGCUGAUGAUGAUGACGAUGAUGAUGAUGAUGAUAUCAGCACUGAUGGCGAGACCUACUUCAGUUCUUCAUCCGGCUACAAACGCUCCAGCAGUCAGGACGCCAUCAUCUCCAAAUUCUCUCUAUGAAAACGCUACUGGAAAUUGGAAAGGAGUUAUAAAGAAAGAUGGAAUGAUACAUUUGUGCUCUCAGUUAUGAACUCUUUGCCACAAUUUCAUGUAACAAUGAGCCCAAUCCCAAUGCCUUUUCCCAUUAUAUAUUUUUGCUAUAUUGCUAUAUUUUUGUACAAGUAAUCUUUUGUGUGUUCAACCCUAUUGAUACUGUAUAGCACUGCAUAUCUGCGCAAAAUACAAUGUUCGUCAACUGCAUUUUCUUUUUCUUUCUGUUCUUUUUCAUUUACUGUUAAAUAUUUAAAUUGUGCAGUUCCACUAAAUCCAAUGACAUAAAAAGCCUUUAAAUGAUGCAAAAACUCCAUUUGAUAUUUAGCUGUCCGGAAUGACUGACAGAUCUGAAGACAAUUCAGACAAUACAUAUUAAGGGAAGUAUGUAUGGGGGACAUUUUUUUUAUAUGAAAACAUAGUUACAGCCAAUUUUUUUUAACUUGAUGAACAAGCAGAUUUAAUGUUAUUUGUAUCUAUUCAUAUGAAGCUGCUUUCACUUCUGUAAAUGCUCAUUUAAUCUUUUAGCAUUAUUCCAGACAGCGCCAUGAAAAUGUACAGCAACUAGCUGCACCAAUCUGUAGACCCGUUACAUUAUAUUGACACAUUUAUGUUUCCAGGAUUUUUCACUAAUUUCUGAAGCGCAAAACAGUGUUAUGGAUUAAACCAUAUGAGCCUACUGUAUUAUAAAAACAUUUAGAAUUGGUUUCACUGUACCUUUAUGCUACUCGUGGGAUGCUGCCCUGUACCUGCACAAAUGUGAAAGCAUCUUUGUGCCUGUUGUUUCAAAAGUUGGAAAAGAAAUACGUCCUUUUUCCUUAUGCAAACCUUGUAUAUUACUGACCCUAUGAGAACACUGUGAUGAUUUGCACUGUAUGUUGACGUGAACUCUUUGUGUCCGGUGCUUAAAUGUUGUUUAAUGGAACAAAAGCUCUAUUAUUCGUCAUUAGUGCAUUUUUUAAGGUUAAAAAAAGAACCUACCUCUCUGUACACAUCUACAUAAAAAAAAAGAAUAAACUCCACAGUUAACCCCAUGAGGCUCUGUCUGUUUUCUAUUACUUGCUUUUUUAUUUCUUAUUAGAAUUUAAAAUGUACCUGCAGUAAUCCACCAUCAGAAAUGUCAAUAACAUGCAUUAAAAAUUAGAU